CAAACUUUCUCAGUUGGAGCAAAACUUUCCUGAGUUGAGGAGGAUGAAGUGAGAGGUUGGACGGCAGCAGCUGUAUGAGUGAGUAACAACAGCAGGCAGAGAGGGGCUGGGAGUGGAUGAACAGAUACAGGACCAUUUCUUAAUUAUAGGUUUCCCUGGCCAGGCUGGAGGUUUAUUUUUUUCUAGGUAUACAACCAACAGUUUUCUUUACUGGUUGAAUUGUGGGUUUUUUUGUUUUGUAAGAAGAAACUAUAGUUUUUUUUAGAAAAAAAUGAAUUUGAUCAUCAGCUUACGUGAUGUUUGUCAUAGAUAAACAAGAUAUUUUUUCACUUAUAUUUACAAAAAGCUGUUUUGAAAUAAUUUCAAAUUCAAAUGAAAUAUAGUUUUUUUUUCCUUAUACUGAUUUUUAGAAAUGUUAAGUGAAGUUUAGCCACUAGAGAGAGAUUAUUAUUACUUCACAUCAUUAUGCUGCUAGCUCUGCUUCUGGUUGUGAGUCUUUGCUCUGCCGCUCGCUCCUCCGAGCCAUCGUCGAUAACCAUCCAGUACCGUGUUUGGGAGGAACAGCCGGCGGGAACCCGGGUCGGCCGUCUGGUUGACGACCUCCGGCAAAGGGACGAAGGUGGUCCUCUGGAGGAUUUCCAGGUGGUGGAGCACGGGAAAGCCCUUCCCUUCUCCGUCAGCACUCGAGAUGGGGUUGUGUCCACCCAGGGCCGGCUGGACAGGGAGGAGCUGUGCAGUGGCUCGGAUCUGUGUGAAGUGGCCUUCAGUGUCCUUUACAGGAAAAUUGGUGCUGUGAACUGCCUGCGGGUUCGUGUGGAGGUGAUGGACCUGAAUGACCACAGCCCCAGCUUCCCCAGCGCACUGCAGGAAGUGGAGAUCUCAGAGACUGCUGGCCUCAGGAUGCGUAUCCCUUUGGACCGGGCCAUCGAUCCUGACGCAGGACCGAAUGGCCUCCAAACCUACUCGCUGUCCGUCAACCAACACUUUGCUCUGGAUGUGACAGUCGCACCAGGUGGGACUAAACAGGCAGAGCUGGUGGUGAUCAAAGAACUGGACAGGGAAGUUCAAGCCACAUUUGACUUAACCCUAGUGGCAUGGGAUAAAGGAAACCCCCCUAGGUCUGGGAGCACAUUAGUCCGUGUUAAUAUUCAGGACUCAAAUGAUAACAGCCCCAUGUUUGAGGACAGCACUCCCACUGUAGAGCUAUUUGAGGAUACAGCCCGUGGGACAACCAUCAUCAACCUCAAGGCCACUGACCCAGACCAGGGUGCCAACGGGGAAGUGGAGUAUUCUCUUAGUAAGCAUGCACGUCCAGAGGUUCAUAAGCUCUUCUAUGUCAAUCCACAAUCUGGAGCUGUGAGUAUCAAAGCACCUCUGGACUACGAGGCCCAGACCUCUUAUGAAGUCAUCAUACAGGCCCGUGAUCGCGGGCCCAAUGCGAUCGCCACGCACUGCAAACUGCACGUUAAGCUUAGGGAUGUAAACGACAAUGCACCGAGGAUUCACAUGACCUGGACUCCAGCCAACUCACCUGUGGCGACUGUGCUGGAAGGAGCACUAGAGGACACCUUCCUUGCUCUGGUGAUGGUCUCUGAUGCAGACUCAGGAGGAAAUGGCAAAGUGAGAGCGCAAAUUCAACAAGGAUCUGGCCCUUUUCGCCUUAAACGGAUCCACGGGGACAAUUACAUGAUUGUCACCAAUGGCAGCCUGGAUCGAGAAAAGGUGAUGCAGUAUAACAUCACGGUCCUCGCCCAGGAUUAUGGAGAUCCACCACUGUCUUGUGUUAAACACCUGCCUGUCCACGUUCUGGAUGAGAACGACAAUGCCCCUGUGUUCUCCACCUCCCUGUAUAAGGCCUCCUUCAGGGAGAACAACAUGGCAGGCUAUCACGCCCUAAAAGUUGAAGCCCACGAUGUUGACCUGGAGUUCAGCGGAAGAGUUUCCUACUUCAUACGCAAUCCUAAUGAAGUGGAAACUAACCCACUGUCUUUCUCCAUCCACCCGACCAGUGGUGUCAUAAGUGUUCAGCGUCCUCUAGACUAUGAGGAAUCCCACACUUACUCUUUCAUGGUGGAGGCCAUUGAUCAGGGUCAUCCGCCUCUCACCAGCACAGCUUCUGUGCAAAUCGAUGUCCAGGAUGUCAACGACAACUACCCAGUCAUCAAGGAGCCAAAACCCAGGAAGGGCGUGGCUUUUCUAAGUGUACCUGUCAAUACAGACAAGGGGGAGAUUGUGACUGAGCUGGGAAAUGACAUUGAAGAGGGAUUCACACCUUUGCCAAUCAAUCACUCAGUCAGAGAGGGACUUGUUGGAUUCCUUGCAUCCACCAUACAGGCUGAAGACCCAGACUCUGGGCUGAACGGAAAACUCAGCUACCACAUCACUGACGGAAACCCUUUUGAUCUUUUCUGGUUGGAUCAGGCUACAGGCCAGCUGUUUGUGAACACCACCAAUGCUACUGAGCUAAUUGGGAAAACCUUUAAGAUGAACAUUGCUGUGUCUGACAUGGGCAGUCCCAGCCUGACCACCAAGUCCACUCUGGAGGUGACUUUCAUCAAUCUCAAGGACCAUCUGAAGAACUCGUCACCAGGCAACCGCGGACAGCUCAGCUUCACAAUGAUGAUGGCGAUCUGCCUGGGCGGCACCUGCCUGCUGCUUCUGUUGGCCAUCGCUUUGGUGACAACGUUCUGCCGCCCAGAGAAACGAGACAGCCGGGCUUACAACUGCAGACAAGCCGAGUCGACCUACACCAGCCACCCGCGACGGCCACAGAAGAAUAUCAGGAAGUCUGACAUCCAGCUAAUUCCUGUCAUCAGAGGGCGAAAAGAGGAGACUACAGAGGAGGACAGCGAAGCCCAGCCACUUGCACCGCCUCCAAUGCUGUCAGAUGAUCAACAAUCUGAGAGGCAGUACACCUUGACGCCAUCAGUCAUGAACACAAGCUUCCAUUCCCAAGGCUACCCAGAAGUGGAUUCCCCUCAACCCGCCACCCACCACGGCAGAACACUUAGGAAACCGGCAAACAUCGAACUCGAUGGCACUUUGCCUCUGACGCCCGCCACUUCUUAUCGGACUCUACGGAAAGCCAGGAACCCUUCGUCAUCGUCCUCUUCGGUUUCCCGUUCGAGCACCUUGAAGCGCCAGACCCCCGUUGAAAGGGAGGAGGCGGAGCCGCUGAGUUCAGCAUCACAGGCGACCCUCAGGAGGCCGAGGACCUCGGAGGGACGAGGGGGGCCCGAUGCAGAACAUCGGCAGAUGCUUCGAAACCUGGUGCGACUGUCCAUGGCUGCGUUUGGAGACUCCAUUGAGCUUUCCUCAGCUUCCCCAGAAGUGCAGCAGAUCUCCCAGCUCCUCUCUCUCCUCCGGCAGGGCCAGCUGCAGCCGAGGCCCAACUUCAGGGGGAACAAAUACUCGCACCGCAACGGCAGAUACGGAGGCCAGGACUGUUCUGAUUGGCAGAGCACCAAAGACAGCGGACACGGUGAGAGCGAGGCUGGUGAUGUGGACUGGGAACCAGGAAGAGACUCACCCAUAGACCCCCAGCUGGAGGAGGGACUCAACAAUCUGCUCAACAACCCCGACGACGUCUUCUCGGAGGCCGGUGACCCGGCCUGGAUGGCCCGACUCUCUCUUCCACUCGGCGCCGAUUACCACGACAAUGUCUUUGUCCCCAACGGGCCUCCGUCCCCUGAAAGUGAGGUCCUCCCCCGGGACGCCCUGGACUCCUCGUCCUUCUCCACCUUCGGUAAAACUCCAGAGAAGGACGGCCCGCUGGGGGGGGCCCUCCUGUCUGAGGUCAGCACGCUGUUUGAGAUGCUGAUGACGCAGAAGGCCGACGCCCACCCCGGCCCGCGGCCCGAUGUCCUCUACCGACUCUCUGCCGCCUACCGCCGCUCGCUGGGCCUGGACUGCUCCACCAACAUGGCCGCCGGCAACGCACCGAGGAACUCUGGGAACGCCGAGAAGAGGGCGGGCCUGGCUGCACCCUCGGGACUUUAUCAAUAAGAGUAAAGUCCGUUAAUGAACAUUGGAAAAGACUCAGCUCACAAGCAUUUUGAGGAGUGUUUUAGUGGCAUUACAUGAUAAAAUUUAAAUGAUAAAUAAUAAAUAUUUUUUGUAGAUUCGGAACUUCAUUAUAAAGGAUGUGUGUCUUUCAAGACUUAGAAGAUGCGAAGAUGAUUUCAGAAUGAACAUGAAGUUAAUUGUGCCUCAUUUAACAUGAAUAUGACUGCAUGGGUGCUUUUGUAGUCCAUCUCCCUCGACACUGGAGAAGCAACGAGAUUCCAAAACUCAAACUUAGUGGCACAACACGGGAAGUUUCAACUUUAUGAAAAUAUUCUCUGAUGCAUGGGACAGACCAAUAGUGCUCGUUUUGAUCCCUACAGGAAAUAGAACCACUCAACUUCAUUAAAGAGAUUUUGGACUAAAUGGAGAAAAACACCUUCCCAAUUCUCUAGAAGAUAUAAUGAGCUUCUAGGACAUGAAACAGAUCCCUAUUUCUUUAAACUCUAAGACACCUGCAGACUAUAGACUCAGGUUUAAUUCUUACACAGGAAGAAGUCUGUAUUUCAUUUUCACUUCCUGUUCUCUGGCAACCCCUGGCAAGUGUUGGACAGAACAAACAACCUGCUGAUCAUUCAAGCUUAUUAUCAAAUGUCAAAUGUCUCAAAAGCUAAAAAUGGCAGGUGUGUAAAUUUCAUUUUCUCUGAGGAGUAGAUGUUGAGACAUUUCAGAUUUGGAUCGAUGAUUUGACAGAUGAGCAGCCUCACCAUCCGCAUGCCAAUGUACAGUAAGACUGCAGAUUUGUUGAAAAUGACAGAUCAUGUUCAUAUGGUGUCACAGAACCUUUUCUAUUUUGUUAACCAUCAAUGAAUCAGGAAGCAUCCGGCUCUCAGGUUCAUCUUCAAUUAUCAGUGAAUGAAAGGAACCAAAUAUGGUGGAUGGCCAACACAUUCUCACUCCCAUCUCGUAAAAUACUGACG